AUGGCGCUCCUGACCUACAAGAACAUCGUCGACUACCAGGAGCAGACGGCGGCUUUCAAGGACUUCCUCCAGAAUUUCAAGGCAACUGAGACUGAGGAUGCGCUCGAGGAUCUGCGCAUCGAUGGCGACGCGGCGAGCGAAGAGUACGACUUCAUGGACGAUGCAGAGGAUGGUGCACAGAGCAGACGCAGAAACAAGUCGAAGCUAAAGUACAUGAAUAUGUUGCAAAAUGUCGCAGACAGAAAGAUCAGUCAAGUGUUGAUCGAUCUGGACGAUUUGAACGAAUAUGAGAAGAGCCUGGACGACGAAGCAGCAACCUCCCUGAAGCUCGUCCAGUCAAUCGAGACCAACGCACAUCACUACAUUGAAAUCUUCUCGCGAGCAGUGGACGCGCUGCUUCCCAAGCCGGAAAAGGAGCCGAAUUUCAAGGAUGACGUUCUCGAUAUUAUCAUGAGCCAGCGAGAAAAGCGCAACGAGGCGGUGCGGGAACAGCAGGAUAACAACUUGGAGGGUGGGAUUCCAGAGUCAAUUUUCCCCCCAGAGCUUACGCGGAGAUACACCCUCAACUUCAAGCCUUUGACGCUCUCCGAAUCGAGUAGUGAGAAGAGCGGAAAGGCCAUGGCUGUGCGACAGGUACGCGGUGAGCAUCUUGGACACUUGAUCACCGUUCGUGGUAUUUCUACCCGGGUGUCAGAUGUCAAGCCAUCUGUCCAGGUCAACGCAUACUCCUGCGACCGUUGCGGCCACGAGAUCUUCCAGCCCGUCACAUCAAAACAGUUCACUCCGCUGGUGGAGUGUACAUCGCCAGAUUGCAAGGACAACAAUGCCAAAGGCCAGCUUUUCUUGUCAACGAGAGCUUCCAAGUUUCUACCUUUCCAGGAAGUCAAGAUCCAGGAAAUGGCUGACCAGGUGCCCGUGGGCCACAUUCCACGACAGCUGACGAUCCACUUUCACGGCGAGCUUGUCAGACAAGUCAAUCCAGGUGAUGUCGUGGACAUUGCUGGUAUUUUCAUGCCAACCCCAUACACCGGCUUCCAGGCUAUCAAAGCUGGUCUCCUCACAGAUACCUACCUUGAGGCGCAAUGGGUACGACAGCACAAGAAGGCCUACGAUGACAUGGUUCUGGCUCCCACCACGAUCAAGCGCAUGACAGAAUUGGAACAAUCUGGACAGCUGUACGAGUAUCUCAGCCGAUCCAUUGCACCCGAAAUCUUCGGCCAUUUGGACGUCAAGAAGGCACUGCUUCUCCAGCUUAUCGGUGGUGUAACGAAGGAGAUGGGUGAUGGUAUGCGCAUUCGUGGUGACAUCAACGUUUGCUUGAUGGGUGAUCCUGGUGUCGCCAAGUCUCAGUUGUUGAAGUACAUCACCAAGGUGGCUCCUCGUGGUGUCUACACUACUGGACGUGGAAGCAGUGGUGUUGGUUUGACCGCUGCUGUGAUGCGUGACCCGGUGACUGAUGAGAUGGUUUUGGAGGGCGGUGCGCUUGUUUUGGCCGACAACGGUACUUGCUGCAUUGACGAGUUCGACAAGAUGGAUGACAGUGAUCGAACGGCGAUCCACGAGGUUAUGGAACAGCAGACCAUCUCCAUUUCGAAAGCUGGAAUUACGACCACCCUCAAUGCAAGGACGGCGAUCCUUGCAGCGGCUAACCCGCUAUAUGGCCGCUACAACCCUCGCAUUUCUCCCGUGGAAAACAUCAAUCUGCCAGCUGCAUUGUUGAGCAGGUUCGACGUGCUGUUCUUGAUCCUGGAUACACCGAACAGAGACUCUGAUGAGGAGCUAGCGCGCCAUGUGACCUUUGUUCACAUCAACAACAAGCAUCCUGAGCCGCAAGGGGGAGGUCUCAUCUUCUCACCAAACGAGGUCCGACAAUGGGUAGCUCGCGCACGCUCAUUCCGACCGGUGGUGCCCAAACAGGUCUCGGACUACCUUGUCGGUGCCUACGUACGACUGCGGCAGCAACAGAAGCGUGACGAGGCCGGCAGCAAGACGUUUACUCAUACAUCACCCAGAACACUUCUCGGAAUUCUUCGUCUAUCACAAGCACUAGCUCGACUACGAUUCGCCGAUGAGGUCAUCACCGACGACGUGGAUGAGGCUCUGCGGUUGAUAGAAGUAAGCAAAUCCUCACUCUACGACGACAACAGAGAUAGAAGAGGGGACCAGUCCCCAAGUACCAAGAUCUUCAACCUCAUCCGUGGAAUGCGCGAGAGUGGUGCUGCUGCGACUGGAGAGGGCCGCGGCGAGCUUGAUAUGCGACGAGUACGGGAACGUGUUUUGGCCAAAGGUUUCACUGCCCAGCAAUUGGAGUCUGCGAUUGACGAGUAUGCCAGCAWUGAMGUAAGCGACUUCUCCUUGGCUCUCAUUCUGACAUGGACGCUAACACACCGCAACAGAUUUGGCAGACUGCGGCAGAAGGAACGAGGUUGGUGUUCAUCGAUUCCGGAGAGGAUGACGAAGAUAUGGGUGACGAGGACGUUUGAUCAGCCGCAUGAGCGAGAAUCGAUUGCGAGGGUGUUUGGUGUUGGCCAUAGUGCCGAUGGACAGGGUACAUUUUUCACAGGUUUCACGGAGAUAGCCAAGAAUAAAAGAGGCCGCCCAUUGGUCUUCCUUUUCUCGAAGCUCGUUGGAUGA